UCCGCGGCAGCGCUUGGAGAUGCGGCGCGCCAGCCGAGACUACUCCAAGUACUUGCGCGGCGCCGAGGAGCUGGGCGCCGGCGCCGAGGGCGGCUCCACUCCGCCGCCCUCCUCGCAGCCGGCCGGGGGGGCGUCCGCCCCGUCCGGCUCCCCGUCCGCCUCCAGAGCCCUCCUGGCCGCCCUGGUCCUGCUGGGGCUCGGCCAGGUGAUCUGCAGCCUGGCGCUCUUCCUCUACUUCAAAGCGCAGAUGGACCCUCACCGAAUGUCCGAAGAGGAUACUAACUGUUUACGAUCCUUCCUGAGACUUCAAGGGAAUGUAGAUCUGCCAGAAACCACCUUGGCCAACCAAGAAUCAAGGCUGCUGUCUGAAUCGUGUCGAAGGAUGAAGCAGGCUUUUCAGAGAAUAAUGCAAAAGGAAGUCCAACGUCUGAGUGCGGGAAAAGACCAGUCACGGUUGGAGAAAUCCACCAUGGGAGCUUCACCCAAUUCAGAUUUACCCAAGAAAAGUAAACCUGAGAAAGCACCAUUUGCCCACCUUAUAAUUGAUGGCCACAAUAUUCCAUCUGGCACCGGGAAAGUCAACCUGACGUGUUGGCAUCAUGACAAAGGCUGGGCCAACGUGCUGAAUAUGACCUUCAGCGACGGCCGACUCAUAGCCAAUCACGACGGCUUUUACUACCUGUACGCCAACGUCUGCUUCAGGCACCACGAGACGUUGGGAAACCUGACCGGGCAGAUGCUGCAGCUGAUGGUCUACGUCAUCAAAACGGAUGCCAAGAGGCGGAACUCCGUGGUUCUGAUGAAAGGCGGAAGCACUAAGAAUUGGUCGGGGGAAUCCGAAUUUCAUUUCUUCUCAGUAAACGUGGGAGGUUUCUUCAAACUGAAGGCGGGAGAGAUUGUGAGCAUCCAGGUCUCCUAUCCUUCCUUGCUGGACCACUCCCCGGAAGGAACUUAUUUUGGAGCUUUUAAAAUAAGAGAUAUCGAUUGAAAUUUGAUUUUAUUUUGAAAAAAAAGGGGGGAAGUGGUAUUUAUUCAGCUGGGUUAGAUUAUUGGAGAAUGGAGUUACAGCUCGCGGGGUUCAGCUGUGUACAGGUAGUCCUUGACCUAUGACCGCAAUUGAGCCCAUAAUUUCUCAUUGCUAAGCGAGACAGUUGUUCAGUGCCCCAUUUUACGACCGUCCUUGCCAGAGUGGUUAAGUGAAUCACUGCAGUAGUUAAGUCAAUAUUGUGGUUGGGAAGCGAAUCUGACUUCCCCAUUGUCAGAAGGUCGCCCAAGGGGAUCACGUGACCCCGGGACACUGCAACUGUCAUAAGUACAUGCCAGUUGCCAAGGCUCUGAAUUUUGAUCGCGUGAUCAAAAUUUGGGUCAUCGGUUGCUUUUUCAAAGGGGCCCUUUUAAAAGUGAAAAGUGCCAUUAUAGCUUCGGGCGGUUGCUAAAUAAAUUGGUUUAAGUCAAGGACUACCUCUUAUCAAUUCAAUUUCCUGGGCUGUCUUACUGACAGCUGCCAUUCAAAAAAAAAAAAAAAUCUGCUCCUGAGGUUAGGACCGUCCAGCUAAAAUAUUUCAUUUCAAGGUUUUUGGGGUGAUUUUGGCCUGUGGACCAAAGAGGCUAACAGGACUAUGAAUGGGCCGUCCUGUCUGGAAUGGCAGUUAAACCAUGGCUUAUAAAAAACACUUUGAAAAACUAAGCUGACUUUGGUGUCCUACAGGAACUCCAGAGUCGGAUCCAGAAGACAUUAGUAGCAUGUAACUGCUAUUAAAAUCUGGAAAAUAAUAAUAAUAAUAAUAAGAUCCCGCUGAUUUUCACAAAAACGAACUUCUUGAAAAACUAAAAAAAGUUCCAAGCCCAGGGCGUUUCUGAUUGGUUCCGGUGAAUAUUUCCACACAAACUCGCUUUGAGAAUUGCACCGUUCAUUUAGAUUGACCCCUUGUGUGGUUUGUAAAGUGGGUUUUGCCCCUUUUUAUGACUUUUCUUGCCACAAUUGUGGCAGUGGUUAAAUUACUAACCUGGUUGUUAAGUGAAUUUGGCUUCCCCCAUUGUUUUUGUGACACCCCCCACCAGGACACUGAAACUGUCCUAAGUACAUGGCAGUUGCCGAGCCUCUGAAUUUCGAGCAUGUGACCAUGGGGAAUGCUGCAACGGUUGUAAAUGGGAGAAAGGGUCCUCAGUCACUUUUUGUAACUUUGAACAGUCACUAAGCAAGCUGUUUUAAGUGGAAGACACCCUAGUUUGUUGUGCCUUACCAAUUUUGUUUUAUACUGUACUCAAUAAAGCAACUUAUGCACUGGUGCAACUUAGCCUUAACAUUUUGUAAUUAAAA